AUGCCGACUGUGUUUUCACGCCCGGCGGUCCGGAAAGAUACGCUGAAGACCAAAGGCAAGCUGCUAAAGACGCCCGCGCUCAAGUCCGGUUGCGAGACAGAUGGCCAGCCACCAAAGAAAAAUGGCCAGCUCAAGUCCAUAUGGUACGCUUCAGACUGCUCUGGUCUUGAUGUGGGGGCGCUGUCCUUGAAAAGAGCCGGUGUGAAAUUCCGGCAUUGGUUUGCUUCAGAAUCUGACAAAGGAUGCCGGGAUGUUCUGCACAAAAUCCAUGACAAUGUGGAGGUGAUCUUCCAUGAUUGCAGAACAAAGGACCUGCGUCGGCUGAAGCAGGAGCGUUCUCAGAACCCUGGUGUGAAAUUAAUUUACACAUCGGGGUUUCCUUGUCAGCCCUACUCGAAGGCCGGCAGUCAACAGGGUGAGCACGACCCCAGGGCAGGUGUGGUGUGGUCAGUGAUCGACACAAUUUCUGCUUUGUUGCCAACAGUCUACAUUCUGGAGAAUGUGGCGGACUUGGCUGCGUCCGGCCGCUAUGCUAGUGUGUUUCAGAAAAUCAUGCAGAAAUUGGAGAACGUGGGCAGGGGUGCUUACCACAUUGAAUGGAAGAUUAUGGAUAGCUUUGAGUUUGGUGCAGUUCCAGCCAAGCGGAACCGAGUAUAUGUGGUGGGCUGCUUGAAAUGCUGUAUGACUGGUGCAUGGACAUGGCCCGGCCCCAUCCAGCCGCCAUCUUUGGAUUCAAUUUUGCAGCCAAGAAAAAAGGAUGAAAAGGCCGACAUUGCAAGCCUGAGCAAAACCAACUUGAGGAACAUCGCGGAGGGCAUUCGCAAGAUCCAGGAGCAAUCAGAAAGUGGUGCCUCAUGGAAGAAACAACCAUGGGUGAUCGACUGCGCAAACAGCGCAACCUUUGGACUUCGCUUGUCAUACAAUUCCUUUCCGACAAUCACCAAGAGCCAUGCAAAUUCUUUGUGGCUUGUUCACAAAGAAGAUUUCGCAAACGAAACCGAGCUCUUGGCCGGCCAGGGCAUCAAAUGGUCCGACCUGGGCGUUCGUGCAGGUUCGCUUCCCGCAAAUAAGAUCGGGCAAAUGGUUGGCAAUUCGUUCACCUUGACCAUCUUUGUGAGGCUCUAUCAGCAAAUCUUUCCAUGCUUGAAGAUCCGCAUGGCCAAAUCCAAGUGA